UAUUUAUAUAACCCAUAAACGGAUCCUAUUCUUAUAAGAACUCCAUCACUUUCUUCCUUCUCCGCCCUCAUCCAAAACCAAACAUAUAUGGCUGCAUCUGUUAAUAGCAUCAACAACAGACUCUCUCUAGCCAUGGAAAGAACUGGUCAAUGGGUUUUCUCGCAAGAAAUUCCAACUGAUGUUCUCGUCGUCGUUGGGGAAGCAAAUUUCUCUUUGCACAAGUUUAUGCUAGUAGCUAAAAGCAACCACAUAAGAAAACUGAUAGUGGAGUCAAACGAACCCGAUUUGACCACGAUCGAUCUUUCGAACAUACCUGGAGGCCCCGAGAUCUUCGAGAAGGCAGCUAAAUUCUGUUAUGGCGUCAACUUCGAGAUCACAGUCCACAACGUCGCACCUCUACGUUGCGCCGCCGAGUAUCUGGAAAUGACCGAGAAGUACUGCACCAACAACCUCGCCAGCCGUACCGAAGAUUUUCUCUCCCAAGUCGCCUUGACUAGUCUCUCCGGCGCAAUUGUCGUACUCAAAUCUUGUGAAGACUUACUACCCAUGGCCGAAGGCCUGAAAAUCGUUCAAAGAUGUAUCGACGUUGCCACUCUUAAGGCUUGUAACGAAGCAAACUUUCCCAGUCGAUCUCCGACAAAUUGGUGGACGGAGGAGCUUUCGAUUUUGGACAUUGAAUUCUUUGGAAGAGUGAUUUCAGCCAUGAAGAACCGUGGCGCCAAAGUUCUAACCAUAGCGAGUGCUAUGAUCACUUACACGGAGAGAGCGCUACGAGAUCUGGUGCGGGACCAUUCCGGGAACGGGACCAAAUCUCUUGCUCCGAACGAACCCGAAGUCCGAGUCCGACAACGGGAGAUUCUAGAAGCGGUUGUGGAUCUCUUACCGGCCGAGAAGGCAGCUUUUCCGAUAAACUUUCUCUGCUGUCUUCUCCGAUCAGCUAUCUUCCUCCGAGCAUCCAGCGGAUGUAAGAACGAGCUGGAGAAGCGGAUCUCUGUAAUCUUGGAACACGUGACGGUGGAUGAUUUGCUGGUUUUGUCGUUCACUUACGACGGUGAACGGCUGUUCGAUUUGGACAGCGUGAGGAAGAUCAUCUCUGGGUUUGUGGAGAAGGAAAAGAGCGUGGCGGUUUUCAACGGUGGGGAUUAUAGGGAGACGUGUUCGACGGCGAUGCACCGGGUGGCCAAGACCAUUGAUGCUUACCUUAGCGAGAUCGCCGCUUAUGGUGAGCUCACUAUUUCGAAAUUUAACGGCAUCGCUAACCUUAUCCCCAAAGGAUCGCGAAAGGUCGACGACGAUCUCUAUCGAGCCAUCGACAUCUUCUUGAAGGCUCAUCCCAACUUGGACGAGAUAGAACGGGAGAAGGUAUGCAGUGUGAUGGACCCACUAAAGCUCUCUUACGAAGCGCGUGUCCACGCGUCCCAGAACAAGCGAUUACCAGUUCAAAUAGUCCUUCACGCGCUCUACUACGAUCAGCUGAAGCUGAGGAGCGGCGCCGUGGACGAUAAGCCUGAACCCGCCGCCGUCACGAGGAGUCAACUCCAGACGGACGUUUCUUUGGUGAGGGAGAACGAGGCUUUGAGGACCGAGCUUAUGAAAAUGAAGCUUUUCAUUUCGGAUAUGAAAAAGGGGAGUCCUACUGGUAAUCCUAGUGUUCACACCAUCGGAACGACGUCGUCUAAAGGAAGUUCUAAAAAGACUUUCUUCUCUUCAAUGUCCAAGACUCUUGGCAAGUUGAAUCCCUUCAAGCAUGGUUCUAAGGACACUUCUAGUAUAGAAGAUGCUGUAGAUGUUACUAAGCCAAGAAGAAGAAGAUUCUCUAUCUCUUGAAUCUUUUUCUUUAUUGUAUGAUUAUUCUUAGCUAGGCAUGAUCUAAGAGUGUUGUGUUUGAUAUUUUUUUGUUAAUUAAUUUUGAGUGCUUUAAUAUACAAAAUCUGUAAUUUAUUAAUUCUUCGUUUGGGUUUGUUAUUUUAUUAAAAAAAAACAUGAAAGAUCGAUCGUCAACAAGUGUUUGAUAAAUAAUAAUUUGUUGUGUUUUCGAUAAA